GAUAGUUGGUAAUUGUAGCGCUAAUUCUAAAGUAAAACUAAAGCCAAUGGGCGAAGAUGGGUUUUUAGGUUAUAGAGGUUUGCCGCAACUUGUGUGUUUUGCAGAUCUUUAUUGAAAAGUAAAAUGAAAGUAGCGAUUAUUGUUGUGUUGAUAGCAGUGGUGGGGUGCGCCAAUGCACGAAGUUUGAUCCGAGAUGACCUGGAAGAGAUGCAAAACAUGUUGAUGGACAGGCUGCGCGCGGAGGGUUUGAACGUGGGCGAAGAUGAAGACGAGAUGCCGCACGAACUCCACAAUUUAUUUGAUUCCUGGAGCAUUUCGCCACAAAACAAGGAUGAGACAGAUUAUGUUGGCCAGCAAGGAUCGACGGGUUGGGGAAAUUGUAAGGUUGGAAAAUUUCACAACAACUUGUAUUUCCAGAUACGAAACCAUGGAAACCAAAUGGCGGAUAAACUUUAGGAUUCGACUUUUGGAAGAUUUCGCCACAAAUCGAAGAUUCCGCAAUUUUCUUCAACCAAUUAAAGAAAUAUUGAACAGUCCUUCUACAAAAAGAUUAAUCAUCUGUUAUUAUUAAAUGCACGUUUUAAAGUUUUCUAAACAUGUAUCAAAUAAUAAAAUUUUAACAAAAUAUAAAAUGUCCUAAUUUUACUCAAGUUAAACUUACUAUCUGCUGUUGUUGUUGAACUAAAUAUAUCCAGAACCCUUUGUUACAAAGCAAGCGGAAUAAACAACAAACUGCAAGC